GGCCGGGAGCGGGGCUUCCGGGCCCCCACCAGCCCCAGUGCAGGGGCUCAGGUCGCCAAGCCCAAGGUCAUCUCCCUGCUGGAGGAGGGCGCGGAGCCCUGGCGGGUGGAGCAGCCACGGCCCCGGAGUCCGUGUCCAGAAAUGGUGAGAAGUCCUGAAAGUAAAGCGUUGAUCCCAGCACGUCGCAUUUUUGAGGGAGAGCAGUCCCAUAGCAUGAAGUUGGAACGAUUCGUGUGGGAUGACCCUUGGUUCUCCAGGUUAGAAAUUUUGGGAUGUGACGACCAGUUACAAAUGUACUGUGUGAACCAGAGUACAGCUAUGAGGCAGAUGGUCUUCAUGCAGAAGCAAGUGCUGCCUCGAAGAGGCUCUGAACUCUGUGACCUUGGCGCGGGGUGUGGCCAGAGCUUAAACUUUAGUCCCUCUCAGAGAGUUUCUCACAUAGAACAUUUCUAUAAGCCUGAUACACAUGUUGAAAGUUGGAGGUGUAAGUCAGCCAUCAUGUGUGCAGAUAAGAUCACCUGUGGAAAUAGUGAUUAUGAAGCCUUCUACCAGUCCUUGCCACCUAUUCACCCUGCAAGGGUGCAGACUGGAGAUAAUCUUUUCAGAUGUUCUGAUGCCGUUAAAUCUUUCAAUCACGUACUUCAUUUUGGUGAUCAUAAGGGAAUGCACACAGGAGGGAAACUCUAUGAGUAUAAGGAAUGCCAUCAAAUCUUUAACCAGAGCCCAUCAUGUAUUGAACAUCCCAGACCUCUGAUCGGAGAAAACCAGUGUGGUUAUAAAGAAUAUGAGAAUAUCUUUUACUUCUCGUCUUUUAUGGAGUGUCAGAAUAUUGGCACCGUAGAGAAAGCGUAUAAAUACAAUGAGUGGGAGAAAGUCUUUGGGUAUGACUCCUUCCUCACUCAACAUACAAGCACUUACACCGCAGAGAAACCCUAUGACUACAAUGAAUGUGGGACGUCUUUCAUCUGGAGCUCUUACCUUAUCCAACAUAAGAACACACAUACUGGAGAGAAGCCCUACGAAUGUGAUAAAUGUGGGAAAGUUUUCAGGAAUCGUUCAGCCCUUACUAAACAUGAACGGACUCACACUGGAAUAAAACCCUAUGAAUGUAAUAAAUGUGGGAAAGCCUUCAGCUGGAACUCCCAUCUGAUUGGCCAUCAGAGGACUCACACCGGAGAAAAACCGUUUGAAUGCACUGAGUGUGGCAAGUCUUUCAGCUGGAGCUCCCAUCUGAUUGCCCACAUGAGGAUGCAUACUGGAGAGAAGCCCUUUAAAUGUGAUGAAUGUGAAAAAGCUUUUAGGGAUUACUCGGCUCUCAGUAAACAUGAAAGAACUCUCUCUGGAGCAAAACCAUAUAAAUGCACUGAAUGUGGAAAGUCCUUCAGCUGGAGCUCCCACCUUAUCGCCCACCAGAGAACUCACACGGGGGAGAAACCCUAUAACUGUCAGGAAUGCGGCAAAGCAUUCAGGGAACGCUCGGCCCUCACGAAACAUGAAAUAAUUCAUUCUGGAAUUAAGCCCUAUGAAUGUAAUAAAUGUGGAAAGUCCUGUAGCCAAAUGGCUCACCUGGUUCGACAUCAAAGGACUCACACUGGAGAAAAGCCCUAUGAGGGCAACAAAUGUGGGAAGUCCUUCAGCCAGAGCUGUCACCUUGUUGCUCACCGGAGAAUUCACACGGGCGAGAAGCCCUAUAAGUGUAAUCAGUGCGAAAGGUCCUUUAACUGCAGCUCUCACCUGAUCGCGCACCGGAGAACUCACACUGGAGAGAAACCAUAUAGGUGUAACGAAUGUGGGAAGGCGUUUAAUGAGAGUUCUUCCCUCAUUGUCCAUCUGAGAAACCAUACUGGAGAAAAACCCUACAAAUGCAGCCAUUGUGAGAAGGCUUUCUGUAAGAAUUCUUCUCUCGUCAUUCAUCAGAGAAUGCACAGCGGAGAGAAACGCUUUAUAUGCAGCGACUGUGGGAAGUCCUACAGUGGCCACUCGGCCCUGCUGCAGCACCAGAGGAGUCACGGUGCAGAGAAAGUCUGAACGGAACUGAUGGGAGACUUCCUGUCUUUGUACAUGCGAUACUUUGAAAAAAACACUAGAAGUGUAAUCAGGAGGGGUUGUUUCCUAGUAAGAGUUCAGGGAGGCUCUUCCCCUUACUACUCAGUAGAAACAUCUAGAAGAAACGUAGGAAGGAAAAUGAUAGAGGAAAGCGUCGCGGUUAUGUAGCCCUCAUUUAACGUCGGAUAAUUGCAGUGAAGAAGGAAAGCCCCACUCCUCACAGUCCACCAGGAUCUUGCUUGAGGAGCGUGAAUGUAGGGAGGAGACACCUUUAGUGAGAGAUCAAGGAUUUGCGGACCAGAGUGCAUUGAUGGAGGAGAAAAACCUUGUUCUAGGAAGUGCUUCAGCUGGAAAUAAGCUGUUUUGCAUUGAGCUGGAGUAUUGGGUGGGAAGCUUUAUAACAACAUUCUGUGCAUAAUUGCGAAAAGACAGAUUUUGCUAUUAUUAGGGCGAGGGUCUGGGUGCCCUUUAAGGAAUAGAUGAUGGAAUACUAAGUUUGAGGUUAAGAAAAAAAAUAGUAUUGAAUGGGAUAUUUACUGUUAGUCGAGAUUAACCUUAGAAAAAUUAGUAAAUGAGAUUACUAAUGGUGGAAAAGUUAUUUUCUGGAAGUAUGAGGCUGAUGUUGUUGGGACAAAAAGUGACAUUUAAUAUCACAGUGUGUCCGUGUCCAUGGUUUACUCAGUGUUGGAUGUUUGUAAUUUGUUUUAGGUGAUCACGAUAAGUUAUAAUUAUAUUAUAGACACUGCGUCAGAGUACAUACCAUGAAGGAAUAACAAGGACAGAGUUGUAUAUACAUGUCCUCUAUAACAUCUAAAAUCGUGUAUGGAUACGGACUGGAAAAACCCAUGGAUGAAUUAACCCAGUUAAUUUUAAAAAUUUUAAAGUUUUAUAAACACAUGCAGCACUUACCACGUGCUAAGCUUUGUUUUAAAUGCUUUCAGUUGAUUAAUGUGUUCAAUCCCCUUAGUUCUACGAGGUAGGUGCUGUUGUUAUCCCAGUUUUACAAAUGGAGAAACUGAGGCAGAGAUGUUGAGAAACCGACCUCGGGACACAGCUAGCUCAGAGAGGCACUGAGGUUGUUUGGCCUCAGAGGCCCUGUGUUUAACCACAGCUGUGCUGGCUCUCUCCAUUGAUCCCCCUGAUGUUUUUGUUACUGUUCAGUGUUUCUAUGGUAGGUAUUUGCUAAUAAAAAUCAAGAAAUUCCUAA